UAAUGAACGUCCCGUUCGCCAACUCUCCGUCCUUUGCCCACCCAACAGCCGGACGACGGAGCGUGUCGGACCCCGCUGACCGAGCCUCCGGCUGCGCCGGGCCCUGCUUCCCUCGGGCGCCGGAGGGGGCGACUCUCUUCGCCGGGCCCAGCGCCUACCUCCCGGGUCGGGAGCUCGGGCCGAACGGCCGGCGGGGACAGGCAGUCGGACUCCCCGUGUUCCCCUGGAUGCAAAAAGUCAACUCCCGGAACGGAUGUGGCUACGGGACGGACCGCAGGAGGGCUCGGCAGAUUUACUCCCGGCGACAGAUCUUGGAACUGGAGAAGGAGUUCCACUUCAGCCAAUACCUGAUGCGCCGGCGCAGGCUGGAGGUAGCAGCUGCUCUCGGCCUGAGCGAGCACCAGGUCAAGGUCUGGUUUCAGAACCGGCGCACGAAAUGGAGGAGAGAGCACGCCCGCGCGCGGACCUCAGCGAACACCACGGCCACCUCGCCCCCUGGGCUGCCUGCCCGGGGCCCGGGAGGCGGACGAGGAGAAGAAAUUAAAAUCUCCCGCACCGUCACAGCUUCUUCCUCAGCACCGCCCCCCCCCACCCAACACGAGGGAAAGCGCCCCCAAUGCCAACCCACCCUCCCCCCAGCCAUCUGCACAAGUGAUCCCUCCCUCCUGCUGCAAGCCACCCGCUCACAUACCGGAUUCCCCUCUUCAUAAUAGAUCCCUCUCCCUUUAAAACACCCAUCUAUUUCUGGAAUAGAUCCUUCUCCACUACCCCGCCCAUGUAUCUACAUAAUAGAUCCCACUGAUCUUAAGACACUCGUCUAAUUAUAAAUUAGGCCCAUCUCCCCUUCCCAGCCCAUGUAUUUACAUAAUAGAUCUCUCCCUCUUUCCCCAUCCAUCUGUUUGCAUAAUAGAUCUCUCUCCCCUUUCCCCACCCACCUAAUUACAUAUUAGAUCUCCCCCCUUUCCCCACCCAUCUAUUUACAUAAUAGAUCUCCCCCUUUCCCCACUCAUCUAUUUACAUAAUAGAUCUCACCCCCUUUCCCCACCCACCUUUUUGCAUAAUAGAUCUCCCCCCUUUCCCCACCCACCUAUUUGCAUAAUAGAUCUCUCUCCCCUUGCCCCUCCCACCCAAUUUACUCAAUAGAUUUCUUUCUCCUUCACCCAGACAUUUACCUACAUGACAUAUCCCACUCCCCAUUGCAUGUUGCUUACGCAAAAGACCCCCUUCGCCGUCCCCCCCCACACUCCUUAACAGAAUAGAUCCCUCUCCCCUUGCCAUAAGGCCAUCAGACAUGGAAGCAAAUGCAGGCCAUUCAGCCCAUUCCCCGCCAUUCAAUGAGACUGCAGCUAAUGUCAUCGUCCCCAAAUGCACCUUCCUGCCUUCCCCCCCCCACUUACUGAUUCAAAACCUCAGCCUUAAAUACACUGAGUGACCCAGUUCCCCCAGCCCUCUGUGGUAAAGAAUUCCACAGAUUCACUCCCCCCACACCCCCACCUUGGUGAGAAGAAAUUCCUCCCCAUCUCUGUCUUCAAUGGGUGACGCCCCCCCCCCCUCGCCCCACCCUUAUUCUGAGAUGACACCCUCUGGUCAUGGACUCUCCCACCAGGGGAAUCGAUCUCUCCCACAUCUCUGCUGUCAAAUCCCAGAAGAGCCUUAUCCCCCUCCCCUUAGCAAGGAACCCCCUACCCCUUACCAUCAUUCAUUGAACUAAGAUACCAACAUCCCAUGGCACGGGCCUCCAACCCUACCCCAAAUUACCUGUUCCCUGACACACCCUCCAUUGAACUGAAAAUGAUUGAUCACCCCUACACACACACCCACCCCACCCGGUCUCCAUCUCCUCCUCCUUCCGAUCUGUUGGAUUUUUUUUUACCUUGGACACUCAAUAUUCAUCACCUCUUCACACCUGUGGACAAAGAAGGAGAGAGAGACACACACACACACACACACAUACACACACACACACACACACACACACACACACAGACUCACACACACACACACACACACACACACAGACUCACACACACACACAGUCUCACACACAGACAUACACACACUCACACUCUCACUCACACUCUCACUCACACUCUCACACAGACUCUCACACAGACUCUCACACAGACUCUCACACAGACUCUCACACACAGACACACAUACACAGACACACACACACAGACACACACACACAGACGCUCACACACAGGCUCACACACAGACUCACACACAGACUCUCACACACACACAGACUCACACACACACAGACUCACACACACACAGACUCACACACACACUCACACACACACAGACUCUCACACACUCACACUCACACUCACAGACACACACACGCACAUCUACAGACUCUCUUAACUUAUGUUUACAUUGUGCACAAAUGAGAGCGAAAGAAACAAUUGUUUUUGAGGAAAAGAAUGAGAUGGAGUCUAGCUGCUUUUCUGUUGUUGUAUUACUUUGUGAAUGUGUGUGUGUGUGUGUCUGCCUUCCAA